AUGAUUGAGCAUGAUUAUGUUGAAGAGGCAAGUGAGUAUAUGGAUGAUAGUCCAAGGUAUGAUGUCUAUAAUAAUGGUGAUUUAGAUCUUCCAUAUGUUAUCUAUAUUGGACGAAAUAGGAAGAUUUCAAUUAUGCAUCAUGACAUGGUUGAGCAAAGUGAAAUGCUUGAUAGUUUUGAGAUAAAUUAUGUUAUAAAUGAAGCUACCAUUAAGGGUAAUGAUUCUACCUAG